AUGUCGGACGACGAUAAGGACGCCCUCGAUGCGCUCGAGCUCGAAGCGAAGGAAUUCGACAAGGACGCUGAAAUCGAUCGUAUUCUCAAAGCUUUUCGCCUCGAUGCUUACGCUGUUCUUGACCUCAACCCCGGUGUCCCCGACUCCGACAUCAAAAUCACCUACCGCAAAAAGUCACUUCUCAUUCACCCCGACAAAACCAAAAACCCUCGCGCGCCGGACGCAUUCGACCGUCUCAAAAAAGCAGUCACGGAGCUUCAGGACGAGAAGCACCGCGAGCGUCUCGACGAAGCCAUUGCCGAUGCGCGCAUGCUCUUGAUUCGGGAGAACAAAUGGACCGUGGACUCGGAGGAGCUCAAGACUGACCAGUUCCUCAAGGACUGGCGUAACAAGGCGAGGGAGGUUCUGAUUGACAGCGAGCACAGACGGAGACGGCAGAUGAAGGCCCAGCUACAGGAGGAAGGGCGCGAGCAGAGGAAGCAAGAUGAGGAGAUCGAGGAGAGAAAGCGCAAGCGAGAUCACGAGAAGGAUUGGGAGCAGACGCGGGACGAGAGAAUCAGCAGUUGGCGGACAUUCCAAAAGGGUGGGAAGAGCGAGGAGGGCGGCAAGAAGAAGAAAAAGAAGCUGAAGCCCAUCGGCUAG